AACGGUUACGACGCUCUCGAGGAGAAACUCGGCCGCCUCUCUCGAAAACCGGGCGUCAAGGCCAGCAUCGUCCUGGACCGGACCACCGGCGCGAUCCUCAAGACGAGCGGCCAGGUGGACGCGCUGCAGACGGCCAAGUCGCGCAACGCGUCAACGGCGGCCUCCUUCUCCAACGACGCCCCCGCCGCCGAGGAGGGCGAGGCGCAUGGCGUCGAGGAGUUUGCGCUCAUGAUCUGGACCUUUGUCAAUAGCUCCGGGCAGCUGGUGCAGGACGUGGACACGGAGGAUGAAUUGAAGCUACUGCGACUGCGAACGAAGAAGCAAGAGAUUGUCAUAGUGCCCGAUCCGAAGUACAUACUGACGGUCAUCCACGAGUGCCACCCGGCCUGA